AUGGAAUGGGCAUGCUCUGUAUGCGAGAAGAUGCUUAAGAGUGGUGUGUUACCAGAGGGAGACCAGGUUGGUAACAUCAUAGCUUGGUUUUGCAAGGAAGGUAAGGCCGAAGAGGCUUAUUCGGUCUACGAAUUGGCAAAGGGGAAAGAGAAGUUCCCGCCUCCUAAAACUGUUGCUUCUCUGAUAAGUGCGCUCUGCAAGAAUGAUGGGACUGUUGCAUUUGCUCAGGAGAUGUUGGCUGAUUUAACUGGAGAAGCUAGGCGACAUGGGAUCAAACCGUUUUCUGAUGUUAUCCACAGUUUAUGCAGGAUGAGAAACGUGAAAGACGCUAAAGCUUUGCUUUUGGAUAUGAUCGCUAAAGGCCCUGCUCCUGGGAAUGCGGUAUUCAAUCUGGUUGUGCAUGGUUGUUCGAGAACUGGAGAUCUUGAUGAAGCAAAAGAGGUUUUGAAGUUGAUGGAGAGUAGAGGUUUGAAACCGGAUGUGUACACGUACACAGUCAUCAUUAGUGGGUAUGCUAAAGGAGGGCUGAUGAAGGAAGCUCAAGAGGUUCUAGCGGAAGCGAAAAAGAAACAUAAGACGCUUAGUCCUGUGACGUAUCACAGUCUCAUCCGAGGCUACUGCAAGAUCGAAGAAUAUGACGAAGCUCUUAAACUUUUGAGUGAAAUGGAUACUUGCGGGGUGAAGCCUAGUGCCGAUGAGUAUAAUAAGCUGAUACAAUCAUUCUGCCUCAAAGCUUUGGACUGGGAGAAAGCAGAGAUGUUGUCUGAGGAGAUGAAGCAGAAGGGCUUGCACCUCAAUGCGAUUACUCAUGGUUUAAUAAGGGCAGUUAAAGAGAUGCAUUCUGAAGCCAAUGUAACUGAAGAUGCUACUUUAAUUGCUGCAGCAUAG